GGCAUCGCCAUUUUCCAGGAAGCAUCCUUGCCGGAACGCCGGGCACGGGGGUGGGCAUCCCUCCUCUGCCUUUGCCUCGACCUACUUUUCCCGCGAACCUCCUCCCUUCGCCCUUCGCCCUCGGAUACAUGAAGCUUUCCAUCGAGUUCCUUGGUGGCUGCGAGCAGCUUUUCGGCGGCGUCUCGCGGCUCCUUGACCACGACACUCCCCUUGAGGAUGGGGCCACCAUUCGGCACCUAUUGGCCUACCUGCGCGAUCACCACAUGCGCGCCCGGCCAGACCUCUUUCUAGAUGUCGGGUCGGCAGUGUCCGGUGCCACCACCCUCCCGGCGCCGGGCGCCUCCACCGAGGAUGUCGAUCAGCAGCUGUCCGUGCGACCGGGCAUCAUCGUCCUCAUCAACAACGCCGAUUGGGAGCUUUUCGGCAUGGAGGAUUACCGCCUACAGGAGGCCGAUCGGGUGACUUUCAUUUCCACGCUCCACGGCGGCUAAAGCAGGGAAGAGGCACCACCGGGGGCGGAGAAAGAUGCAGUAUGUGCAUGCGCAUGCACCCCUGGCGGCAUGCUCCCCCCCCCCCCUCUCUCC